CCAUACAACUGUUUUAUCUCCUUGGUUACCAACAACACCAGCAAGUGUGAAGCACUGCUAAAUAUGUGACUGCUGCUCUGCAGAAGCUGAGAGCCUACAGCGGUGACUAUGCUGUUUCAUCCCGGGACAAAUACACUGAACACACACUACGAUCAACGGGAUGGACAUAAAGAGGAAGUCCAGCUUUUCCUUCCCAGCCUCCAGUUGAAUUCCCAGGCAAAUGUGAGCACUGUGGGGAACAGGCCACACCUUCACUGGAUACAACAUGGCUACAGGAGCUUGAGAAGACAACCAGAACAGAGAACCUACAAGGAUUACUCUAUUAAUCUACAGGCAGCAGCAACCUCCCUCAUUUUCCAGCUCUCUUGUGCUCCAGCAAAAGGAUUCUGGACAGUACAUUCUAGUAGCACGACUGAAAACUGCUUGAAAAUAAAGGAGGAAGAGGAGCAGGCGUCGUUCCCCUUUUGUGAUCACAAGCCAAUUCACUUUGGAAUAUGUCAUCAUCAGAAGAAGAGUGGAUUUCUACAGAAGUACUAUGCCGAUGGUGUGAGAUUUCUCACCGUGUUCCCUGAUGGCUCUGCUGAGGUCUUUUACCCCUCAGGCCACUUGGCUCUCAUUGUUGUGGUGACUGAACGAAAUGGAAGAGUCUGCAUUGUGUAUGAUGACAGCAGUGCUCCCAAACAGCCAAUCAGAGCCGUGUUCCAGUCUGAUGGCAGGGCGGCGUGCUAUCACAGCAAUGGAAACAUAUGGUUGGUCGUAAACAAAUCAGGUGGCCAGUGUUUAAAUGAUGCAGGUGCCAGGACUUGUCGAUGGAGCUGGGCCAGUCUGAGUGUGACUCCCACCCUGCACCCCCUCAUCCUGUCCCUCAACAAAACCAUCGGAGUCCGAGUCCUUGGAAACAAACAAGUGUUUGUCUCCUUCUUGGCUAGAGGCCAACAGGCCAAGUUCAGUGUGGGUGCCUGCUGUGCUCAGUGUGAAUACAAGACACCUACUUCAAGAUCAUCAGCAUCAAAAGAGGAGCUGUUGGUGUCUGCAGCCAAGAUAAGGAUCAACCUCGCCAUUCAGGAUCUUCACCAGAACCUGAUGAAGUCGUCUCACCACCAACCACCAAACACCACAAUUUCCCUUCAACUCCAAGCAGCUGCCCAAAGGAUUCUGGACAACAGCGCUGAUGUAGUGAUGAGUGACAGUGAUCGAGCCUUCAUCCAUAAGUGCUUAUUAAAGAUUGUUUACUGUGCCUGCAAUAAAGAUUACUGACACAAAGGCAGCAUCAAA